AUGCAGACAGGCGCCGAAUUUGUGCUUUCACCCGUUGGGGUGACAAAGAUUGUAUCACUACUUUGUAUGAUCGUUGGAGGAAUGAUUUUCAUCACAGCCGGGGAUUGUGUAGAGUCAAGGUUUUGGACUGUAAGCUAUAUUACGAUCACAACCGGGAGUGCAGUUCUAACGAUGUUCUCGUACACCACGUUUGCGCUCAAUCUUGUUAAAACGGAACCGGGCCUCAAAACGCAGCAUAUCACGGUGUUGGCCAUCUCCUACGCGGUGUUCUUUUUUCUCCUGAUCUCAUCCAUCAUAACGAUGACACAAUGUACACACUCAGUGCAAGUCAUUCAAAAGAUACCGGAGCCCCUUACAAUGCUUGCCGCAGUGCUGCUAGCAAUCAGUGGAACGGUUUUAUUUCUACGUUGGAGAGCUACGGUGCAGACGGAAGAUUUACAGCAGCACAGUCAGGAAUUGGAGCCUACUGAAACCCACGCUAGCAAUCCAACACCAGGACGAAAGUCAGUGAUGGUUUAA